UCCCAAAUACCCCCCCCCCCCAAACCAACUAUAUCAAAGUCACCCCAUUUUUAAGUACUCUCUGAAUAUGUAACCUUAUAACCCCCUCUUGUAUCAGCACCCCAAAAAAAUGAAGAUUCAGUGCGACGUGUGUUACAAAGAGGAGGCCACUGUCUUCUGCACCGCCGACGAAGCCGCCCUUUGUGACGCCUGUGACCAUCGUGUCCACCAUGCCAACAAGCUUGCUUCUAAACACCAACGUUUUACCCUUCUCCAUCCUUGUUCUUCUUCUAAACAAGUCCCUCUUUGUGAUAUCUGUCAGGAGAAACGAGCUUUCUUGUUUUGUCAACAAGACAGGGCGAUCUUAUGUAGGGAUUGCGAUGUCCCUAUUCACUCAGCUAAUGAACAUACACAAAGACAUAACAGGUUCCUUCUUACAGGUGUUAAACUUUCAUCAAGAUCAGCUACUUAUAAUACAACAUCAUCAUCAUCCAACGGUGGUGAUUCAGUCCCUGAAUUCAAAGUUAACAACCCCAUCUCCUCCAUUUCACCACCAGAUUUCAAUCCAUCGUCAAAUGAAGUUGAUGGUUCAACAAGUAGUAUAUCUGAGUACUUAAUUGAGAUGCUCCCUGGUUGGCAUGUUGAAGAUUUACUUGAUUCAUCUCCAUCUCUAUCUCCCAUUGGUUUCUGUAAGAAUGAUGAUGGAAUGUUGCCAUUUUCUGAUCCUUCACAAUCUCUUUAUCAUCUUCCUCAAAUGGAAGGACCAAUUGGGUUAAAAGAAACAACCAUGAAAGGUAACAAGAGAUGGACAAAUGAUGCUUUUACAGUCCCACAAAUCAAUCCUCCUCCUACCGUUGUAACUAAGAGAUCUAGGCCUUUUUAAAAGGAACUUCAAGUUCUUAUUUUUGCUUGUAAUUUUCCUUGCUUUGAUGUUUUUCAUUUUGUAUUCUUCUCACUACUUUGUAAAUAUCAAUGAAAAAAAUUCUCCUUUUGUUUUGUUUUUGCUUAA